GCAACACCAGGCAAGCAGGCAGCCAGGCCGGCCGGCGCGACUUUCAGUUGCUCAGUUGCCUGCAGAACUGCGCAUCGCAGUCAGUCAGUUAUUCAUUCAUUCAGUUUAGUGAGUUAGUCAGUCAGUCGAAUGUGACAAUUAAAAAAAUUUGUUCAAAAAAAAAAAAAAUAUUCAUUAUAUACACAACAAAGUUGUAAAAGGCGAGAAAUGUAAUAUUGACCAAAGGAUUUCAAAAAAUGCCAUAUAAGUGAACCUCAUACCAAAUAACGCCAAAAGCGGAGAAAAGAAGAAGAAAAAAAAAGGAAAAAUAAAAUUGUACAUUCCAUAUUAAAACGUGUGCAAAAAUUUUUGUUAACAAAAAUUAUUAACAUAAAAUGUUAUUGUUGAGUGAUUAAGAAAAAUGAAAUCGAUCGUAUAAAAGUGUGUGUUACUGUCUGUGAUUUAUAAAAAAAAAAAAGUGUUAUUUCUCGGGCAUUAAAAAAAAAAAAAACAAACACCGAAGAUGAUGAAGAAGGAGAAACCGAUGAUGUCCGUUACGGCCAUUAUUCAAGGAGCACAGGCACAGCACUGGGCUCGUGGAAAUACUUGGUUGAGUCUCGACAACAGUAAUAUGUCGAUGUCCUCGAUGGGUCCACAAAGUCCGUUGGAUAUGAAACCAGACACAGCAAGUCUUAUGAAUGCCGGCAACUUUAGUCCCUCUGGUCCCAAUAGUCCUGGAUCGUUUAGUGUCGGUUGCCAUAGCAGUGUCCUUAGUACCUCACCAAGUGGACAAAACAAAGGCGCAGGUUCUCCUUAUCCACCAAAUCAUCCACUGUCUGGAAGUAAACACCUUUGUUCCAUAUGUGGCGAUCGUGCAAGCGGGAAACAUUAUGGCGUUUAUAGCUGUGAGGGAUGCAAAGGCUUCUUUAAACGAACAGUUCGCAAAGACUUAUCGUACGCCUGUCGAGAGGAGAAGACCUGUAUUAUUGACAAAAGGCAAAGAAAUCGUUGUCAAUAUUGUCGCUAUCAAAAAUGUUUAGCAAUGGGAAUGAAGAGGGAAGCAGUUCAAGAGGAACGUCAAAGGACCAAGGAACGUGAUCAAAAUGAAGUUGAAAGUACAAGUAGUUUACAUGCCGAUAUGCCAGUUGAAAGAAUUUUGGACGCUGAAAAUCGUGUUGAGUGUAAAAUGGAAAAUCAAGGAAAUUACGAGAAUCCGGUUUCAAAUAUUUGCAAUGCAACGAAUAAACAGCUCUAUCAAUUAGUGGAGUGGGCCAAACACAUUCCUCAUUUUACAUCACUACCAAUUGAGGAUCAGGUACGGCUGCUUAGAGCCGGUUGGAAUGAAUUGUUGAUUGCCGCAUUCUCACAUCGGUCUAUUGACGUUAAGGAUGGAAUUGUCCUUGCUGCCGGUAUCACAGUGUAUCGAAAUUCAGCACAACAAGCGGGCGUUGGACUUAUUUUUGAGCGUGUACUCUCGGAAUUGGUGUCGAAAAUGCGCGAGAUGAAAAUGGACAAGACGGAACUUGGAUGUCUGAGGACGAUAAUUCUCUUCAAUCCCGAGGUACGUGGACUAAAAUCAGCGCAGGAAGUUGAACUUUUACGUGAAAAAGUUUAUGCUGCUCUUGAAGAAUAUACAAGAACAACAAAACCCGACGAGCCUGGCAGAUUUGCAAAAUUAUUAUUGCGUCUUCCCUCGUUGAGGUCGAUUGGCCUCAAAUGUCUCGAACAUCUGUUCUUCUUUAGGUUAAUUGGAGACAUGCCGAUUGAUGCAUUUCUCACUGAAAUGCUUGAAUCGUCGCCACGCAUGUUGGAGGACUCUUAGGAGGAGGGGGUGUGCCGCGUUUUGGAGCACACCGAUCUUUAAAAAUACAAGAAAAUAAAAAAAAACAAGAAAAAAAAUAA